CCCAUCAUCCAACGGACUGCUUUCUUUCUUAUCUCAAGAGCAGGCUGCCAUUCUACAGCGAACCCUCGAAGUCUCUCUCGUACACCGAACACGCAUCGAAUACACGGCUAUUUGCAGCCUGCUCGGCGCAGAAACGUAUCAAGUCGCAGGACACGAGCGAAAUUGAUCCGAACAAUUGACCGACCGCGAGGGUGAAGCUGGAAGAUCAAGGCGCAGAGACGACGGCACCGAGGCGAAACGCAAACGACGGGCUCUGUGAGGUUUUGGAAAGGUUAUCCACGACGAUCACUCCGGUAGCAGCAGCCCCAGUACCGUCAGUCGACACGUUGGGCUGCGCCUGCGAUUCGAGAAGCCGACGACGACUGGGAUAUCUGGUCGCUUUUAAUUCGGCAACAUCGUUAUAGACGCUCUAAAAGACACUUCAGAUUGCACGAAGAAGACCUCCUUCGAUAUCCCUAUUUUCUCUUCGAUAAGUUGGUGGAUUGGAUCCCGUCAGCAAGAUCAUUUUGCGAGACCUUGAAAGCUCCUAGAACGCUUAAAAGAGACCAACUGGUUCACACCUGCUAUUCUCUGCAUAGGGCAGCUACGUUGAAAGUUUGACAGCAUCACUUUCGUCUUACGGCAGAUCUACACAAGCUGUCAAUACUGCCAAGAGGGGGCACGAGAGACUGGGGAAAACUUGUCGAAAAGACUGUCAUCGUCUCGUCAAACCUCGACAGUCUCUUAAACCGCUACCUGCCCUUCCACGUGUUGCGGCUGUAUCAUUAUAUCCGCAUCUUUGCCCUGCCCCCAUCGCGGAAUCACCAAUCCACACAUUCCGACGUCUCACGCCGCCCACCAUGUCUCUUCUUGAGAAGCAGAAGGCAGCCUUCAGCAGCUCAUUGGCCUCCGCCGCGAGCAAGCUGACGUCCAAGAACCCAUCUCUCGCACCGCCGUCGCCAUCCCCGUCCGUCGGCAGUACCGCCUCCAAAAAUGAGACAACAGCAUCGGGCAAGCGUAAGCGCGACCCCAACGCCAUUGUCUACUCGCAACCGCAGAACACUAGUUUUGGCCAGGAGGUCUUCACUCAGAUGCAGUAUGCGCUUGAGUGGCUGAAGGGCAAGGACGAGUCCAAGACCGCCACCGAGAUCUUUGAUCACCUGGGGCAGACCCGCAGCACCGACAAGCACAAGCAACAGCUAGUCGAAGCCAUGCGCCGCCAUCCUCGCAUCCAGUGGACGCCCGACCCCAAACUAUCGGAGCAGACGUGGAGGACGGGCACGUACAUCCACCGCCCCAUCAUCCCCGGCGUCCGCGACAAGAUCUCGCUACUGCGCCACCUGCAGAGCAAGAAGGACGCCGAAGGCACCUCGGUCAAGGAUCUUAAGGACGGCUGGCCCGAUUGCGACCAGUCGCUGAUGGAGCUCGAGCGAGAGCACAAGAUUCUCAUUGUCAAAACCAAAAAGGAACAGCACCCCCGCGCGAUUUGGCUCGACGACGCCUCGCUCCAUCACUACGUCGACGACGAGUUCAAGCGCAUGUGGAACGCUGUCGAGGUGCCGACUACCGACGACAUUGUCAAGAAACUCGUCUCAGUUGGCCAGAAGCCUGCCAGCGCCGACCCCAGCACCAUCAAGAAGAUCGACUCCAAGAAGCAGCAGAAGAAGCGCGCGGUGCGUCGCACAGGCAAGACGACGAACACCCACAUGGAGCAUCUCCUUAAGGACUACAGCCACAUGGUCAAGCGAUGAGCGAGGCGGCCCUCUUUCUCUUGUUUCAAUUUUUUCACAGUGAGGCUAUGCAUUUGGAAGGCGUUCACGGAACUGGGGAGGCUUCUUUGGCGAAACUGACAGGUUGUCUCUUUCGCUUUUCCUCCAGU